AUGAUCUUGAAAUAUAUUCAAUACAUUACUGUAGGGAAAUAUAAGCACAACCAGGCUGUACUGUACACUAGAAAUGAGGGUAUUCAGCUCAUAUCAUGUAAUGAUAUGAGUUUGGUUGUGAAAGACCACACCUGUGGCGAGAGGAAGGGACAUGGAUACUCAGGGGUAUAUAACCAUACCUGCAGAGGGUUUCAGCCAGAGUCCUCGAGCGAUCCGGGCUGCGAAGUAGUCCUCCUCCUCCUCCUCUACUCGAACACUCGCUCAGGUCCUCCUCGAAGAGCUCUCGCCAUGAGGGUCUUCUCCGUUGGGUUGGUGACGGCGACGCUGCUGUUCGCCUGGAGCGAUGCCAAUGCCAGGAUAGCACCAAAGAGCAGGUUUAUCGGUUUUCGUCAAGUGACACUGAACCCAGAUCAGGCUCAAACCUACCCCAGUGGUGGUGUUGGUCCCCGUCAGGUGACACUGAACCCAAAUCAGGCUCAGACCUACCCCAGUGGUGGUGUUGGUCCCCGUCAGGUGACACUGAACCCAGAUCAGGCUCAAACCUACCCCAGUGGUGGUGUUGGUCCCCGUCAGGUGACACUGAACCCAGAUCAGGCUCAAACCUACCCUAGUGGUGGUGUUGGUCCCCGUCAGGUGACACUGAACCCAGAUCAAGCUCAGACCUACCCCAGUGGUGUUGGCCCGCGCAUGGAAGUGGCACCACAGUUUGAAAAUAGAGCUGCAGUAAAUUGCGGAUCUUACUACAUAGCCCCGGGUUCUUCCAAGACAUUCCAGUCAAAGAACUACCCCAGUAACUACCCUGGUGGCAAGAGGUGCACAUGGAAAUUCCGCACUUCUGUUGAUUCAAAGUUGAGCAUCCAGUGUGACGAUUUCAAUCUGCAACAGUCGAGACAAUGCAAAAAGGAUUUCUUCCGGGUCACGGAUUCCUCUGGUUUUAAACAAAAAUACUGCGGUGCCAAGGGUUCUCUGAGCGUUUCUGAUAAAUCUAGGAGAGUUACUGUUUUGUUCAAAACAAACAGGAAGAAAUCUAAUACUGGAUUUUCCUGUUCUGUCAGAGCUUCAGUGCCAGACUCCCAAACAACAACUGUAGACCCUCAGCCAACUUCGGAAUGCACUGGAUGUGGACAAGUGAACCGUGCCAACCGCAUUGUUGGUGGAGAAGAAACGACAUCGAUGGUAUGGCAAACUGUCAGUCAUAAACAGGUAACGUGCUAG